UCCAAUACAAUUUCAUCGGAAGAGAGAAACUACUUAAUUUGUAGAGUUCAUUACUAGAUUAUAAAAUGGGUACUGGAAAAAAUGUCAGGGUUUUUAUUUUGUUGGGUCUUUUGUUUGCUGUUGUGACACUAAUCUCUUCUGAGGUUGCAGCUGGCAAGGAGUUAGCAGAGAAAACAAAAGAAGAGACAACUAAGAAAAAUGGUCUUCAAGAUGCCAAGUUCGGAGGGUUUAACGGUGGUGGAUACCCAGGUAACGGAGGAUAUCAAGGUGGCGGUGGAUACCCCGGUAACGGAGGGUAUCAAGGUGGCGGUGGAUAUCCAGGUAACGGAGGGUAUCAAGGCGGUGGUGGAUACCCAGGUAAUGGAGGUGGGUACCAAGGUGGUGGGGGGCGUAAUGGAGGUGGGUACCGUAAUGGAGGCGGGCGUGGUGGUGGAGGUAGAGGAGGUGGUUACAGAUGCAGACAUGGUUGUUGUGACCGUGGCGGGUACUACAGAGGUGAUUGCUACAAUUGUUGCUAUUCUGCUGCUCAAGCCAAAGCCGUUGCCGCGAAAACUACCACUACGGCCGAUAACCUCAAGCCUUAGAGUUCUAGCCUAGUAUAUAUGGGUAUCAUGAUAGAUAUGUAUUGUGAGUGUGAUGUAUCUUCGAGUAAGCUACUUAGUAAAUUAGCAUCUACUCGAAGACUAUAAUUAAUACAAAUGAAAUAGAAUAUGAUAUCGUUUGUUGGUUUGUAUGCAUUUUAAAACACAAGUUGCAGAUGUUCUUAACAGAAAUGCCUCAAAACCGUUUACGGCAAUUUAAUUCAUCAUGCUAUUUGCUGCUUUGUCA